AUGUCUGCCGCAAAUCCAGGUUCUCGCGUCGUUGUUACCAGCUACGAGAAGAGCGGUAAAUCAAUCAUAGACUCUGAUGUCGUUUCAAAUCCUAUCAGAUUGCCUAACAACGACGGCGACGAUGCAUUGGAAUUCUCGCCCUUCCACGCCUUGCACAACGUACCUGUGAAAAGGGCUGAACUGUUCCAGAAGGCCCAUGAAAAUCUGCCACCAAUUCCUCGUGCAUCAGCCGAGGGCGUCCUGUUCGGCAGCAUUGAUUUCCCUGCCGGUUUCAGAACGGCCAUGCACCACACAUUGAGCCUGGACUACGGGGUAAUUCUUAGUGGGGAGGUAACUCUGGUCCUGGAUGGUGGGGAGGAAACCUUGCUCAAGCCUGGCGAUGUGGUCAUUCAGCGGGGAACGGAGCAUGCCUGGUUCAACCACGGCACCGACGUGUGUCGAAUGAUCUUUGUUGCAGUAGCGAGGGAGAAGACCGAGCUGGAAGCGGGAGAAAGCGUGUAA